CUCUCUACGUGUGAGGUGCGUUCUUUCCACGGGCACGCAUGGCGUAAGAAUGGCUGCCGGUCCGAUUGCAGAAAGGAAUCAGGAUGCGACGGUGUACGUCGGUGGCCUGGAUGAGAAGGUCUUGGAGGCCAUUCUCUGGGAACUUUUCCUUCAGGCUGGUCCUGUUGUGAAUGUACACAUGCCAAAGGACCGUGUGACCCAGAGUCACCAAGGUUAUGGGUUCGUCGAGUUUAUGGGAGAGGAGGACGCAGACUAUGCCAUAAAGAUAAUGAACAUGAUAAAGCUGUAUGGCAAACCAAUACGAGUCAACAAGGCGUCUGCUCAUCAGAAGAACCUUGAUGUGGGUGCCAAUAUCUUUAUUGGAAACUUAGACCCAGAAGUGGAUGAGAAAUUACUAUACGACACAUUCAGUGCAUUUGGUGUAAUAUUACAAACACCUAAGAUAAUGCGAGAUCCAGACACUGGAAAUUCCAAAGGCUACGCCUUCAUCAAUUUUGCAUCAUUUGAGGCAUCAGACGCAGCAAUAGAAGCUAUGAAUGGCCAAUACCUGUGUAACAGGGCGAUUUCUAUAUCCUACGCCUUCAAAAAGGAUGCCAAGGGAGAAAGACACGGGUCUGUGGCAGAGCGUCUCCUUGCCCAGCAGAAUCCACUGUCACUCACAGACCGGCCUCAUCAGCUGUUUGCCGAUGCCCCACCCCCUCCACAACAACCGCCAGCUCCAGCCCAACCUUCUUCUAUAGCCCCGCCCCCUCCUCCUCCCUCACCAAUGGGACUCGGUGGCCAAAACCAAGGUAUGGGUUCCUCUGUUGGUAUGAUGCCACCUCCAGUGCCACCGCCCAACUCCAACCAACAGCAGGUGCCGAUGCCACCACCACCAAUGCCACCCAUGGGGAUGCCACCCUUCCCUCCACCAGGCAUGCCACCCCCGCCAGGUGUGAUGAACCCAUAUGGUCAACAAGGACAGCCUCCUCCCCCCUCAUCACAACCCCAGAACAGUCAACAAAACCAGGGCCAGAACUCAAUGCCUCAACCCCCACGUAUGCCACCCGGCAUGCCUCCACCCCCAGGGAUGCAGCACAUGGGGAUGCCCCCUCACCCGGGGAUGCGACCUCCACCCCCGGGCUGGAGAGGACCCCCGCCCAGAGGACCAGGCGGACCGCCAUUUGGCCGACCCCCGCAUCCAGGAAUGAAAGGACCACCUCCAAGCGGCCCCCGUGGUCCAAUGAGAGGUCCCCCACCCCGAGGUCCCCGACCUCCCUUCCAGGGGCGACCCCCACCACCCCCUAUGUACUGAGAUUUGAGUCCGUGUUAAUCAGAGGAGACUGACAGUUAUAACAACUCGGGUAGAAUCUCGGGAUGACAAGGACCAUGUGACUAACAACAGAUUUCCUGGUGGAUUUGAUAAACAUUUUUUCAUGGUUCACCAGGGGAUGAAAUCUGUACGGACAGACAGUUCCCUCAGUACACCAGAACCAGGAGUGAUGAUGAUGAGAGAGUGCCUAAAUCCUGUGAUGGUGUUUUACUUGUGUUCAAAUGUAUUCUGCCAUUUUUUGUACAAUUUGUUUGUUUUAGUGGAAACAUCUAACAAAAUGCAGACGAGAAAUGGUGUGAAAAAAUAUUUCUUGUGUGUAUGAGAGAAUUUGAUUUCCAUUGUAAUAAUCUCCGAUAAUCAGGGCUUUUAAUAUAGGAAAUCGGACAAAACCAUUUCUUAUAAUGUAUGUUUACAAAAAGUAGAGUUAUCUCCCCUGACAAAGUAGUGCACAAAAUCGAAAGGUGAUCUCAUAUUAAUGGAGAUUGGAAAUUUACUUAAAGGUUGAACGAGUCAAUUGUGUCAUUACCAGAUUUCAUUAAUUCUAGACCCAAUACACACAACCGAUUUCGUUAGGAAGAAAACCAAAUGAAUGCUGUUAAAGUAUUAUCAGCAGGACAACACAAACAGGACAUCAGUGGCAUCACUAGGUCUUGUCAUUUCAACACACAGAAAAAGACCUGUGCUGGAGACUUAACCCUUUCACCACUGUAGGCCAGAAUGGACUCAUCCAGAUAAAUGUAUGGUAGAGUCUUCUUAAGUUACCUAGGGGUGAAAGGGUUUAAACAGUGUGAUCUUUGUGGGGCUACUGCAGACUCAUCCUUAUGAUUUUCUUUUUAUUCCUUAUGUAAACUUGAUAUAAACCUCAAGUUAGGGCUAUUCCAUAAUUAAUGUAUGGGGAGGAAAGAUUAAGUCAGGACUAUUCCAUAAUUAAUUGAAUGGGGGUGGUGGGAGUAAGUUAGGGCUAUUCCAUAAUUGUAUGGGAGAGGUGAGAGUAAGUUAGGGCUAUUCCAUGAUUAAUUGUAUAGGGGAGGUGGGAGUAAGUUAGGGCUGUUCCAUAAUAUUUGUAUUAUGUGUGUGGUUGGUUUUAAAUCAAAUUUGCCAUUCCUGAUAUCAAAUUAUUUUAUAUUUGAUGGAUGGUUGGGUCUCAGAAGAAGUGCCUUCCACCCCUCCAUACACAUUUUUUGGAACAGCCCAUUUAAUUUCUUGUCAAGUUAAGAUAACAAAAGAUACAGGUAAUUAAAACAGGCUAAUGCAGAGUUUGUUACAUCCCUUUAGAUUGUAAAAUCAUUAUAAAUGUACAUUUUCAGACCACUUUAUUGCUUAAAACAUAUAUCAACAAAACAUAAACUUUGGAUGAUGAAAAUUAGUCUGUGUGGUAUUAAAAAUUUCACAAGUUGGGCUAUCUGAAGUAUCCCAUCAGGUGGUUCUAAUUUUGGACAUUUUGUUUGUAUUCAGUAACAUUUUAUCUGAACAAAACAUAACUGCCACAGGGUGUUACAUAAUGAUACUUUGUUUAACACAUUUACCCCUGAAGACACAUUUGAACUCUUCCAAUUCAAAGGUUGGUAUAGUUCAUUAUGAAAUUUCAGGGGUGAAUGAGUUAAAGAUUACGUAGUUAUUCCUAUCUAGAAAUAUUCCAAUCUCGGUGUGAAGUAAGUUUGAUCAGUUGGGGCAGGUGACUGGUGUGUUAAUGGAUACAUGCGUGAGAAAUCAAUCUUGGUACAAAAUUCACAACAUAUUUGUUGAUAGAUUUUCAGUCUGCAGUGGCGUAGCAUACAUGUAUGCUUGUAUGCUCAAGCAUACACUUAAUUUUUCAAUAUUUUUAUUAAUUUCUUUUUUUAUGUUUAAUAUGGACCACCUGCAGGUAUCAAUCAUAAAAAAGGAAAUAAAUAAAUAAAAAAUUCUCAAACAUUUUAGUCGGACAAAAUAGUGUUGUUAUGUUAUGUCUAUACACAUUGACAAAUCUCAAAGGUUUAUGUAAAUGAACAAAUGUUUAGUGGAGUAAAAUAUUUAAUAUGAUUCAUAUAAAAAGUCGGGUUUUACUUGUUAAUAAUCAUCCUAAAAGGAGUUCCCAGAGAAAGGGAGAAACUUUUUUCCUCCCAUACCCUCCCUCUUCACUGGCACUACACGCCUCGGAUGCUCAACCCUGUGUUAGCAUACAUUCCGAAAAAUGAUUUUCUACGCCACUCGCCUGAGAUAAUUUGUGUCAUAAUUUGUCAUUUAUGUCUGCAAAUCAUGAGAUGCUUAUGUUAUCAUUUACUUUGUAUGAAUAGUAAUCCCCAACCCCCAUGACAUUAAAAGCACUGUAUAAGUGAUGUGGAAGAAAUAUUUUUGAAGAAAUAUUUUUGCUAGAUUGGGGUCAUGAAAUCAACCCAGAAGAAAUGAUCAUGCAAUUAAAUUGACACAUUAGCAAUGAAAUAAAUAUUUCAGGAGUAUUGACUCAUUCACCCCUGUAUAAAGCAGUUAAGAAGUAACGUAUUGAUGAAUUGGCAAACUAACACUUUAGUUUAACUCAAUUCACCCCUGAAGAGACAUUUGAACUCUUCCAAUUCAAAGGUUGGAAUAGUCCAUUAUGAAAUUUCAGGGGCGAAUGAGUUAAUCAACCAAAGAAUUUCCAUUAAAAAGAUAACCACUCAAGAAUAGCUUUUCUCUGAGAGUUUUUGUUCUCGUUUAAUUUAAAUUUUUCAUCAUGUCGCCUGAAUAUUGGUUUACUAGAAACUUUAGUCGGUAACUUUCUUCGUUCUUCAAUUCAUCAUAAAUCGUGUGUGCAAUAGAAUUUAGAUGAAAGUAAGUCAACAUAUCACAUUUACGAAUGUACUGUUAGGUCACCAGCUAAUUCUGAUUCUAGAUCCUGCAAUCCACACACUUUUGAGUGGAAUGAGGGUUACUGUCAAGACUUAAUAAAUAGCACAGGUUGAAUGUAGAAAACAUGUUCCAAAACUCAGUUAAACAAUGGAACUUGUUGCUGUCUAUUCUAAUUGUACAUGUUAAAUUUCAUCUAUGUCAUAAGAAGAAUGUCAUGUUUUAAUUCAUCGCGUUUUGAUGUGUAGUUAUUGUAUUUUAUCAAAUAAAAGUCAUAGACUUGAAGAAAACUUAA